UUUAUUUUAAACUAGCUCAAAUAGUCGAUAAAUAUGGCACAAUUUACAUUUGAAGGCGAUUUUGAUAUCCUUGCUGAUCCUCAAAUAAAGCUAGUUGAAAGUGUUCUCCAGAAACGUGGAUUUACAAAUGGAAAAGUUAUUGUUGAACCUGUGGGUCAAAAAGGUGAUAAUUACGUUGCACAUGUCAAGAGAUUCAUAUACGAAGCGGAAGAUGGAACUUCAUUUAAGAUGAUCGGAAAGGUUGCACCCGUAGCCGAACAAAUAAGACUACUCAUGAAUACAGUAAUUAUGUUCAACAACGAAAUUACAAUGUAUAGUCAAGUUUUGCCUAAGCUUGAUGAAAUACAGAAUACAGCCGUCGCCACUGAAGAUGAAAAAGUAAGGUUUCCAACUUGCUACGGGGUCGUGGAUGAGGCACCGUACGAAUUUAUCUUGCUUGAAGAUUUAAAAGAAGCAGGUUUUGAGAUGUUGGACAGAAUGGAACCCUUAAGCAAAGAUGGUAUCCGUUUAGCUAUUAAGGAUUUGGCCAAAUACCAUUCACUUUCUUAUGCGUUUAGAAAUUCUGAACCAGAAUUAUAUGAAAAUUACUCAAACAGACUAUUGAAUAUGUGGGCCAUUAUGGCAUCGGCACCUGAAACAGAGCAGUAUUUUGAAGCGCUUGAGAACGAUCUUAUCAAUAUGAUACAAAAUGUUAGUGAUAAGUACAAAAACGUUUUAAAAGGGGCGCUUUCACAGCUUGCUCAUUUUGCCAAGAAAAUUCAAAAUUACGAGAAAGGUUCAAAAUAUUCUAUAAUUCAGCAGGGUGACUGUUGGAUUAACAAUAUCUUAUUCCGGCUUGAGGACGGCAAGCCAAUCGACAGCGUGAUGAUUGAUUACCAGCUAUCAAGAGAAAGCAAUCCUGCUUCCGACCUUCUGUACCUUCUAUUUAACUGCACUGAUCACGCCAACCGAAAGCAGCACUAUGAAGAGUGGAUCGACUAUUACCAUGAAAUGCUCGAUGACUCACUAAACCUACAUGGUCUUAAAGCCAACAGGAUAUUUCCCAAAGACCAACUCGACGCAGACCUGAGAAGAUACGGCAAAAUGAUGGUUAGCCUAGGACUGGUGCUCUCAUCGAUGUUAGUAAGGGAAUCUAAAGAUGUAGUAGAUAUAAAAGAAAUGACUGGUGAUAACGUGGUGGAAGAUGCAAAGGCGCUGAUGAACUCCUCAACGAUGGAUGUUGCGACUUUAGGCAGGUUGAAAGAAAAAAUUAUUGGUAUUUUGGAUUCUGCUCUUGAAUUUGGACUAAUAUAAGUUUUGAUCUUAACUAAGUUAAAUAGUUUUAUUAUGACUACAUUAAAAUACAAUUCUGUACAUAAAAAUACUUUAUGUCCCCUUAGAAAAAAAUUAAAAUUCAUAAAUUCUUCUUCUUCUUA